ACACCAAACUGAAACUAUUCUGUCUCUUCAUCUCGAGAAAGAGACAGAGAAAAGACAGAGAGAGAGACAGAGAGAUGGGGAAGAAAGAAAAAGCUAAGGAACGAAGAGAACAGCGAUUGCAAGAGAUACACCUUCAGAGGACCAUUCCCUAUUCUCAUCACCAGAGGUGGUGGUCCAAGGAAACUGUGGCUGUGGUUACAGGUGGAAAUAGAGGAAUCGGGUUUGAGAUUUGUAGACAACUUGCCACUCAUGGAUUGACUGUCAUACUGACAUCAAGAGACGCUAGUGCUGGUGUUGAAUCAGUUAAGGCUUUGCAAGAAGGUGGUCUCAGUGUGGUUUAUCAUCAACUUGACGUAGUAGACUAUUCAUCCAUCAACCAGUUUGUUGAGUGGUUGCGGGAAAAUUGUGGUGGUUUAGAUAUUCUGGUAAAUAAUGCUGGUGUUAAUUUUAAUCUUGGGUCUGAUAACUCAGUCGAAAAUGCUCGUAAAGUUAUUGAAACAAAUUAUUAUGGCACCAAGCGUAUGACUGAAGCUAUUAUUUCAUUGAUGAAGCCAUCCCUUGUUGGUGCGCGUAUUGUAAAUGUAAGCUCACGUCUUGGUCGACUAAAUGGAAGACGGAAUAGAAUCAGCAAUGUAGCCUUGAGGGAGCAACUGAGUGAUGUAGAAUCCCUUUCAGAGGAACUUAUUGGCAUGACUCUGUCUACAUUUCUACAACAAGCUGAGGAUGGAACUUGGACUACAGAGGGGUGGCCUCAAGUAUACACUGACUACUCGGUGUCCAAACUUGCAGUUAAUGCAUAUACAAGGCUUAUGGCAAGGAAGCUUUCUGAGAGACCAGAAGGUCAAAAAAUCUAUAUUAACUGCUAUUGCCCAGGUUGGGUGAAAACAGCUCUUACAGGUUAUGCAGGGAACAAUACUGUUGAGGAAGGGGCUGAUACUGGAGUGUGGCUUGCCCUUCUUUCUGACCAAACAUUCAUGGGAAAGUUUUUUGCAGAGAGACGAGAAAUUAACUUUUAAGCUGUUGCCUAUUGGGGGGAUUACAAGAAUUUUAAGUCAUUCUACUGAAUUUUGCAAAUUUUUCAAAGGAAAAGAAAUACUGAAUUUGUAUGUUGGCAUUAGUUCACUAGCAGGUUUAAGUUUCCCUCCUGUACCAUGUAAUUUUAGUUGAUAAGCUAAUUCUUUUGAAUACUUUAUGCUUAGCUAGUUGUAACCGCAUAUGCAGGUGCACGUGCACUCGCAUAUAGGGAACAAAUAGUGAGAAAUGAAAACAGUAAAUUGGGAUCAUGCAUACAUAUGAAUGUCAAUGGUUAAAAGAUGAA